AUGGCAUUAGAUAAGGUGGCGAUCGAAGCCCAAGGUUCGCGGAAAAAAUCAUCGGAAUGCCAUAACGCGGACGCGCCGCCCGCCCUGUCCCUCGCCGCAGCGCAUUUGGAACGCCUUGUCUUUGUGGCAUCGGCACCUGAGACUCUUGUAAGACGGGCUGGUCCCGACACCGAAGGGGGCGAACAUCCCCCCAUUUACAACGACGAGAUGAUGCUCGACGAGUAUCUGCGAGGCCAUGAGCGUGGAGCUCAGCAAACAAACCUUUGCAUCAACGAAUUCGCUAUGGUCAUUGAGGCAAGCACCGGCUUGUCAAUGAUUUCUCCAAUCAUUACUCCCAUGAACCACAUCCUCUGGGACUUUCUUUCCGCGCGCCGGGUCACUCGACCCAACCCCUUCCGAUACGCACGUCGCCGUGCGAUCGUGGCCGCCAUCAUCGCAGCCAUUCGGCAGCGUUGCUGGACGGAUUCCUCGCCGGACACAGAUGAGUUUGGCCUCGGUUUCACUCGAGGCCGUGAGAUGGGGGCCAGACUGGGUACAGUGAUGGGAUUCAUGGCUGGCACAUGCCACGGCAUGGACUGGGGCUAUGCGAGUGGUCACUGGGAUGGCUUCCGUGCCGGUGUUGCCUACGGCAUUGCCCAGGGCCAGAUGCAAUGGAACUGGUAA